AGCCUUCGUAGAUCCCCUCCACUCGAUUUCUCUCUUUGCAGCAGCACCGGCAGCACCAGUGUGUGAGGGGAGCAGGCAGCGCUCCCAGCCAGUUCCUUGAUCCUGCCAGACCACCCAGCCCCCGGCACAGAGCUGUUCCACAGGCACCAUGAGGAUCAUGCUGCUAUUCACAGCCAUCCUGGCCUUCAGCCUAGCUCAGAGCUUUGGGGCUGUCUGUAAGGAGCCACAGGAGGAGGUGGUUCCUGGCGGGGGCCGCAGCAAGAGGGAUCUGGAUCUCUACCAGCUGCUCCAGAGACUUUUCAAAAGCCAUUCAUCUCUGGAGGGAUUGCUCAAAGCCCUGAGCCAGGCUAGCACAGAUCCUAAGGAAUCAACAUCUCCCAAGAAACGUGACAUGCAUGACUUCUUUGUGGGACUUAUGGGCAAGAGGAGCAUCCAGCCAGACUCUCCUACUGAUGUGAAUCAAGAGAACAUCCCCAGCUUUGGCAUCCUCAAGUAUCCCCCAAGAGCAGAAUGAGUACUCCACUUCCGGACUCCUGGACUGCAUCAGGAAGACCUCUUUCCCUGUCCCAAUCCCCAGGUGCGCACGCUCAUGUUACCCUUUCUCUUCCCUGUUCUUGUAACAUUCUUGUGCUUUGACUCCUUCUCCAUCUUUUCUACCUGACCCUGGUGUGGAAACUGCAUAGUGAAUAUCCCCAAUCCCAAUGGGCAUUGACUGUAGAAUCCCCUAGUGUUCCUGUAGUGUCCUACAUUAAAAAUAUAAUGUCUCUCUACUCCUCAACAAUAAAGGAUUUUUGCAUAUGAA